GUCAUUGCCCUUUUCGCAUAAAGAUACUACACAAGAGCAGAGCUAGGGUUCCAAGACCUACAUUUCAGUUGUUCGACGACUAAUUAUACCUCCUCUCCCAGCUUCUCUGUUCCACCGAAUAUGGGCAAUCCGGCGCCAUUUUCCGAUAUUGGCAAGCUAUCAAAAGAUCUAUUGACCAAAGAUUACAAUUUUGAUUACAAGUUCACCUUUUCAGUUCCUAGCGCUAAUGGGAUGGGAAUAGCAGCUAAUGGUGUGAAGCGGGAUGAAGUAUUUAUUGGCGACAUAAGCACCCAGUACAAGAGUGGAAAUGCUAUUGUGGAUGUAAAAGUUGACAGCUACUCUAUUAUCUCCACAAAGGUCACUCUGAACAAUGCAUUGCCCUCUACUAAAGCAGCAAUUAGCUUUGAUAUACCUGAUCACAAGUCUGGAAAGCUAGAUGUUCAGUACUUUCACAAUCAUGCAGCCAUCAAUUCCAGUAUUGGCUUGAACCCAGCCCCUCUUUUGGAGGUUGCCACAGCAUUUGGCAACAAGGAUCUUACUCUCGGUGGAGAAAUUGGUUUUGAUACUGCUUCUGCUUCAUUCACCAAAUGCAAUGCUGGGAUUGGCUUUAUGAAGACAGAUUUCUCUGUGGCACUUUUACUGUUGGACAAAGGGCAGACGCUGAAGGCAUCGUACAUUCACACCUUGAACCCAUUGAAUGGAACUGUAGUUGCUGCCGAAAUGACACACAGACUAUCCACAUUUGACAAUAGUUUUUCCAUCGGAAGCUCUCAUGCAAUCAACCCUUACACAAGAUUGAAGGCGAGGUUCUCCGACAAUGGAAGGAUUGCAAUGCUUUGCCAGCGGGAAUGGAGACCUAAUUCACUGGUAACUUUUUCAGCAGAAUAUGACUCGAAGGCCACAAAGGCAGCCCCUAAGUUCGGUCUUGCCCUUGCUCUCAAGCCCUGAAACUCAGAUCGACCCUUUUCCUUUUCUGGUACAAAACUGCAUUGACUUCAAUCGUAUUUCAAUUUUUCAAACCCCAAGGUGGGAAUUACAUUAGGGAGGCCAUGAUAGAUAACAGGUGUAUUGUUGAAUUCAAUUCAAAGAUUGAUUGGGAGAUUGAACCCAGUUUUGAAGACGAUGAUGGUAUAGUGAUGAAUACCAAAGAUUGCUAUUGAAGUUU